GAUUGGCUGUGCACAAAGCUUAAGCUGGGGAGAGGGGGGAGCGCCUGCCCUCGCGUCUGGCCCUCCAGGUGCCCGGCUUCGCGUGCGGGCACUGCGGCUCUGGACAGCUGCAGGGGAGGAUCAGUGCAGAUAGGGCCGGAGUCCUUUGUCUCAUGUUUGCCCCUGAACCUGACUUUGACUUGCCCCUAAGCCUGGUUCAGAACUUUUUAUGGGAGCACUAAUCUACCGGCAUAAUUUGUGCAGUGAAAUUCAGACAAAUAACAAUAGACUACUUUAUACAGAAUGAAAAUGCAGCUCCUGGGGUUGGUGUUCUGUUUGGUCCUCGGGACCUUGCAGUGCGAGGCGUUCAAAGGGAAGCUGGCAGCUGUGGAUCCCGAAACAAAUAUGAACGUGACCGAAAUUAUCUCCUACUGGGGAUUCCCUAGUGAGGAACACUACGUUGAGACAAAAGACGGCUAUAUUCUCUGCCUUCACCGAAUCCCUCAUGGGAGGAAGAAUCGUGCUGACAAAGGUCCUAAGCCAGUUGUGUUCCUGCAGCAUGGCCUGCUGGCCGAUUCCAGUAACUGGGUCACGAACCUUCCCAACAACAGCCUGGGCUUCUUCCUGGCAGACACGGGUUUUGACGUGUGGAUGGGGAACAGCAGGGGAAACACCUGGUCUCGGAGACACAAGACUUUAUCCCCUUCUCAGGACGAGUUCUGGGCUUUCAGUUAUGAUGAGAUGGCAAAUUAUGACCUAUCAGCUUCCAUUAACUUCGUUCUGAAUAAAACUGGCCAAGAACAAGUGUAUUACGUGGGUCAUUCUCAAGGCACCACAAUAGGUUUUAUAGCAUUUUCACGGAUUCCCGAGCUGGCCAGAAAGAUUAAACUGUUUCUUGCCCUGGCUCCUGUGGCUUCAAUCAAGUUCUCUACUAGCCCUCUAAAAAAAUUAGGAGACUUUCCAGAUUUUCUCUUCAAGCACUUAUUUGGAGUCAGACAAUUUCUUCCCCAAAAUGUGGUUUUGAAGUGGCUGAGCACAAGUGUUUGCAGUCGUGUCAUUCUGAAGGAACUCUGUGGAAAUGCUCUUUUUGUUCUAUGUGGAUUUAAUGAGAGAAACUUAAAUAUGUCUAGAGUGUCGGUGUAUAUAACACACUCUCCUGCUGGAACUUCUGUGCAAAACAUAUUACACUGGGGCCAGGUUUUAAAAUACCAUAAGUUUCAAGCCUUUGACUGGGGAAGCCACGCCAAGAAUUAUUUCCAUUACAAUCAGACUUACCCUCCCCUUUACAACGUGAGAGACAUGCUUGUGCCCACCGCCGUCUGGAUCGGGGGUCAGGACUCGCUGGCGGACGUCAACGACGUCAACAUAUUGUUGCCCCAGAUCACCAACUUGGUGUACAACAAGCUCAUCCCCGAAUGGGAGCAUCUGGACUUCAUCUGGGGCUUGGACGCCCCCUGGCGGCUGUAUGACGACAUGGUGAAGCUGAUGUCGAAACACCUGUGAGCCGCGUCGGCCAAGUUCACCGUCACGCCGGGGAUCGGGCAGGUUAAAACGCGUUCGCUUAAUUUCUCUAAAAUAGUUGUCUGUCUUUCCCAGGCUUUUUAUAUUUUUGUGUGCAAUCACAUUAUGCCAUUGAAGGUGUUCGGGUCCAAUCAUGGUGUAUUAUUUUCCCGUUUUUUGUUUUUUUUUUUGCUUUUUUUGUCCAAUCAUGGUGUAUUUGAGGCUAGUGCCUCUAACCUACCGUAGCCUUCUUAAGUUUUUUUCAAAAUCCCACUGAUUCAUGAAAGAUCCUAACCGUUGUGUAGAGCCUUACAAUUUGAAACAUACAAAUACUGCUUUUUUUGCCUUCACACAGGACACACCGUGGGUGUGUCGGAGUUUCGAAGCCGGGUGGUUUGUUGGCAGAUAACCUGACGCUGAUUUGAAAAAGCUCAGUGUGUGAAGUAUCUGGUUCUCGUCUCUUUGCCUUAAAGGGCUCUUCAGUCCGGUGGCUUUGCGGUCAUUAGGGAGCCGAAUGCCAUAUUCUUAUGUCCUCAUGCAGCAGGUGCAAAGUCAAAUCCCGUGAUGACCCUGUGAUGCCAGGUGUGAAGAUUCUAUGGUGAAUGUUAUCGAAUCUAAAAAUGUUUAAAUUGCUCAGGCCAAGCAGCAUUGUUUGCUGGGGUCUGCAGACAAUAGAUGGCACUCAUUAAAAAAAGACUGACUCCUGUAUUUUAAAUAGCUUGAAGACUCAUGCCUGUAACCCUCUGUCUUCCCGAGUUCGUAAUUGUGUGGCAGGCGAUCCCUCCACUCGUUUGAGAACAAGAGUGCUGUGUAGAGGCAAUACCGCUCUCUUCCGUGAAAUUACUGUAUUCUCUUGGCCAGCUGUCGUAUCAGCGCUGAUGACCAGACGCAGGAGCCCAGAGGCUGCCCGGGGGGAGCAUCCUCACUCAUUUUCCCACAAGAGAAACAUGAGCGUGAAUGUUUUGAGAUCAGAGCUCAGGGAGUCUCUGUUUUCUAGUUUUCUGUGCGUCCAUAGUUUUAAUUCUGAUUUGCGUGCCUGCUUCAGGACACCCGUAUUCACCCGCUUUCCGCAUUGCGCCGUUCCCUUGCAACACUGACAGAUGGAUGGAAUGACAGUUGACGUGUUCUUCUGACACAGCUUCUUCAGCUGCAGUAAUAAAGGAUGUUUGGUGUUCACUGAUAGAUGCAGACAGCAUCCUACUACUUUGUAACACUUAAAAAGCCUUGAACUUUUCAAUAAAACUGAGUAGCCUCGUA